ACCCUCUCUCCCUCCCCACAAACCCACCCCAUUUCAGCAUUCCUUGUUGCUAACCUCGACGCCCAUCGCUACCUCGCAACCGAGACCAUCUCCGCGAGGAAUUCUCUCUCCCGCCCGCGUUGCUUCACCUCCGACUUUGUUCUGCGCGCGCCAGCUGUGGUUCCUCGGGCGCCCGGCAUUUCGGUUGAAUUUCGCUUAGCCCGCCGCGGUUCUGGAGUUCCGGGAGGGAGGAGUGGAGGAGUGAUGGGAGGGAGGAGUGAUGAGAGGGAGGAGUGUGGAGUGAAGGGCGGGGUAGCCUUUCCUCCUCUGCCUGCUUAUAAAAGCGAUGGAAAGCGAGCGAGGGGACACAGCCCACCUCGGUGCCUCCUCUCAACACAGGCGUCAUGAAUGCUCUUUUGGUGAUAUCGGCGUGCGUGUGCGCGGCCUCAGGCCUCCCGCAGUACUACCAGUAUGCUAGGCCAGGAUACGCCGCCGUUGCACCAAUCGUAGCUCCAGCCCCCGAAGUGACGUACGAAUACAACGUGAUCCCAGACACCGCGCCCGUUCCCGAGGCCCCCGCGCCCCAGGUGUACGCGGCGGUCGCGCCCUUCGUCCCUACCGAAUACAAGACGCAGUAUCACUCCCAGGAUGAGCUCGGUCAGUUCGCCUUCGGCCACGCCUCCCCUGGACAGGCCCAUUCCGCCACCAGGGAUUACACGGGAGCCGUGCGUGGAUCCUACACUUACAUCGACGCCGAGGGCAAGGAAGUCGUCGCACACUACAUCGCUGAUGCCGGCGGCUUCCGCAUUUCCUCCAACGCCCUGCCCGUCGCCCCUACCUUCACCGGAGAGGCCCCCGUCGCCCCUGAGUUCAACCUCGAGGCUCCCGUGUUCGACUUGGAGGUGGUAAAGGACACUCCCGAGGUGGAGGCUGCCAAGGCCGAGCACUUCCGCUUGGUAGAAGAGCACAAGGCCGCUGUGGCUGCUGCCCUGGCUCAAGUCGAAGCUGAAGAAACUGAAACCGAGGCUCCUGCUGCUGAAGAAGUCGUGGAGGCUGUAGAGGAGGCACCUGAAGAAACCGUAGAAGCUGCUGAAGAAGCACCUGAGGAGGCAGCCGUGGAGGAGGCCGAGGAGACAACCGAGGCUGCUCCUGAGGCUGCAGAAGAGACCGCCGAGGAAGAGACCGCCGAGGAAGAGACCGCCGAGGAAGAGACCACCGAGGAAGAGACCGCCGAGGAGGAGACCGCCGAGGAGGAGACCGCCGAGGAGGAGACCGCAAGUCGCCGUAAGCGAAGCGUGAUUCUCGGCAACCAGGUGGUCUUCCCAGAGUUCUACAAGGCCGUGCCCGUAGAGCCAGUGACAGUCAAAGUCGAGGCAACCGCUGCACACCCAGUAAAUGCUCCCGUGCACAAUGCUGAGCUCCUGCGCGUUGUGCACAACCCCGGACACGCUGUUUCCUAUCGCGUCUACUAAGAUCCAUCUUGAUCACUGGACUUUUGCCCAAAUUUACUUAUCAUACAAUAUCUGCCGUGGGUAUUCCCAUUGACACUCGGUGAUUAGAUUCUAUAUCUUUCCUUGUCACAUCUCUUCAAAACAUAAUUAGUCAAUCACAUGUAAAUAAUAAAAAAAAUCAGUCUUGUAAUUACUAUAUCUAUCAGGAAAAAAAUAUGACCAACACAACUGCAACAGAUAAAAAGAUUAUCCUAAAAAUAUAAUUGAAGAUCAACA